CUUUGAUUCUUUUCCUUACAGAUAAAGAUUACGGGCUGCUGCGUUUACUCUCUCUGUAACCCAGAACUUCUUCUUCUCUUCUGAGCAAGAAAGAGAGAGAGAGAGAGAGAGGGAAUGGGGGAGGAAGAAGGGGAGGAGUACCUUUUCAAGGUGGUAGUAAUCGGCGACUCGGCGGUGGGCAAAUCCAACUUGCUAUCGCGGUUCGCCAGGGACGAGUUCGACCACAACUCCAAAGCCACCAUUGGAGUGGAGUUCCAGACGCAGGUGGUGGAGGUCGACGGCAAGGAGGUGAAGGCGCAGGUCUGGGACACCGCCGGCCAAGAACGCUUCCGCGCCGUCACCUCCGCGUACUACAGAGGCGCCGUCGGCGCCCUCAUUGUCUACGACAUCACCCGGAAGACAACCUUUGAGAACAUCAAACGCUGGCUCGAAGAGCUCAACACUCAUUGUGAUACUACGGUGGCAAGGAUGCUGGUUGGAAACAAGUGCGAUUUGGAGAGCAUUCGGGAUGUGAGCGUGGAAGAGGGCAAGCUCCUUGCAGAAGAGGAAGGGUUGUUCUUCAUAGAGACGUCCGCCCUCGACUCCACCAACGUCAACACCGCCUUUGAGAUUGUCAUUCGCGACAUCUACAAGAACGUUAGCAGGAAGCUGCUCAACUCCGACUCCUACAAGGCCGAGCUGUCUGUAAACCGGGUUAGCCUCGCGAAUGGAGCUGACAUGUCGAAGCAAAACAAGAGCAGCUACGCGUGCUGCUCCUCCUCCUCCUAGUAAUUUUGUUUUGUUUUCCCACGUUGUUUUAGCUGUAUGUUAGACUUUUGGAUGUAUGUUUAUUCUUUUUGAUGAAUUAGGGCAAUGAGGGUCUCUGAGGUUGCCUUAUGGAAUGGCAUAUUUAUUGUAUGUUUCUUGGUCAGGCCAGUGAAGUUUCAAAGAUGCAGCAGAACAAGUUAACAUGCACUCUGCAGUGUUCUUGUUUAUUUGGAGUUGGUAUGUGAAUUUCUUGGUGAUA